CUCGACCGUCUCUUUGUCGCUGAGUCGCAACCAUGGAGGAAUACUCAAGAGAACCUUGCCCAUGGCGAAUUGUGGAUGAUUGUGGUGGAGCCUUCACAAUGGGUGUGAUUGGUGGAGGACUGUUUCAGGCCAUCAAGGGCUUUAGAAAUGCACCGAGUGGUUUGAGCAGAAGAUUUACAGGCAGUUUGGUAGCUGUGAAACAGAGAGCACCUAUUGUGGGUGGUCAGUUUGCUGUGUGGGGAGGGCUUUUCUCCACCAUUGAUUGCUCCUUGGUGUACAUGCGGAAGAAGGAGGACCCGUGGAAUUCAAUUUCCGGUGCUGCUACUGGGGGAAUUUUGGCUGCCAGAAGUAAGUGUCUUUUGGGAGAAUGUCUCCUUUCUUUUAGGUUAAUGAAGUAAAGCAUUUCAGGUUAU